AUGCGGAAAGCCGCGCAGCAAUGGACCGAGGAAGAUGAGAACCCGCCUAGAGCGACAAUGGCGCACUUGCUUAGCAGCGCCUGCCUGGGGAAUAGGGAGCAGGCCAGAUGGUUCCUCAGAGUAGCGCGAGCGCAGACGGGGACGGCGAUCAGCAAAGUAGCACAGGCGGCACCCGACUCCAAGGAUACGCUGAAGACGCUGAGGAUGGCGCAUGUCGCUGCGCUGAAGGGCUCACGCUAUAGGGUGCUGGAUGAGGACGGGUACGAUGCGCUAGCCCCCGCAGUCGGGGGGGUGUUGCCAGCACUGGUAGAUGACCGCUCGGAGAAGAGCCGGAGGGACCUUGGCGCCGGGGUCACGAGGAACUUGCAAGUCGUGGCCGAGGCGGCGACGGGAGCGGUGCAGAGGUGGAUCCAGCUCAACGAUGAGGCUACCGCGCGCAUAAUGAAGAGAGAGGAACACAUCGAGUGGCUGAGGAAGCUCUUCGCUGGGUGGGAGGAGGCCCGGGAGCGGUUCAGCUGCUGGGCGGGCUUCAGGGUGGUGCUCACGAGAAAAGGAAUCGACGCGAUGUACAAAGCAUACAAGAAGAGGAGAAAGAAGAGGACGGACAUCGGUGAUGACGAAACAGAAACUAGCGCAGGCGAGAGCAGGGCAGACCCGGAGAUGGGGGAGUCGGAGCAGACGGCAUCGGCCGCCGAGGGAAUGUUGGGAAGAGGCACGAGGAGGGCGGCGACCUCAACCGACUAUGGAUGA